AUGAUCGCCUUACAAAACCGACCCAUCUUACCCCCCGCCAAAGUGGAUAUCUCACUGCUACUGAAACCCCAAGAUGAGGAGGAAGCCCCCCGGGGAACCACGGCGCCCGCCUUUUCGUCAAGGACGGUUCUUCCAGCCACAACUGUCCCUCCGAUGGCUGUAGCAGCGCCAACCCCCAUGGCCUCGGUGCCUCCCCUCACCGCUAAAGCCUCGGCCUCAAUCCCAGCCAAGCGCCUUCAACCGGCCCACACGACCGAAUCUCCGGCUAAGAAGCAGUCAAAGUGGUCUCCAGAGGAAGAUGCGUUGAUUAUCGAGCUGCGGGGUAGUGGGAUGAAAUGGGAGGAUAUCAGCAAACGACUUCCUGGACGAAGUGCUAUCAGCUGUCGCCUCCAUUACCAAAACUAUCUCGAGCGCAGAAGUGAGUGGGAUGAAGACAAGAAGAAUAAGCUCGCAAGAUUAUACGAGAGGUUCAAAGCAGAAAUGUGGUCAAAGGUAGCAGAGGAAAUGGCGAUUCCAUGGCGAGCUGCAGAGGCCAUGCAUUGGCAACUAGGAGAGCAAGAAAUGGCCCGUCGAGCGGGUGUAGUUCCUUUCUCUCUUUCAAGCACAGCCAUCGACCCUCCAGCGCCCAGACGCCGGGCCAGUACAUCUCUUUCUCGGCCAAGAAAAGGAUCCGCAUCGCGCACCAUUCCUCCUCCCCAACUCCCUUCGGUCGAAGAGCUCACAGCUGGAGUACCGGCGUAUGCACCAGUGCCGCCUUUUAUUCCACCACCCCGAGAUGCCUACCGGAUAGGCCGACCCUUGGAUUUGAGUGCCAGCCAGAGUGGUCACUUGGGCCCUCAUAUCGGCCUCCCACCUCGAACCCUUCCAUAG